GGAGGUAAAACCGUCAGCCAACCUUCAAGUUCAAAACAAGAGCGGAUGUGUAGGUGACUCUCUCUGUUUCUCUCUGUCUCUCUCGGCCGUCAGUCUCGUUCAUGUAGCUUGGUUCAGAAAAAAGUUUGGGUUGCCCAGUUUGAUUGAUCCAUUUAUCCGCACAUCCGGAUAUUGAUCGGAUUGAUGGCCUCGUUUAACCGAGAUGCUCGCGCUCUGUUCUUGGAUCGGAAACUGUCGCGAUUUGGCGGCUCCUUGGCUCUGGUCACGCGAUUGGCCCGCCGAUUGUUCCAGAAAUGUCCCGAGCUAUGGCAGGCCUUGGAGCAGGACCACCUGGAGCGCACCCCCCCGGCCGAGCGCGUGUACGUGGCCCAGCAAUUUAUCCAGCGCACCAUCCUGUCCAUCUUGGACGGGAGCGCCCCGUUGGGCGACGCUUCGACCAGCCUGGGCUUGCCCACCAAAUUGGAAUCCUACUUGUCCUUCAUGGACUUGGCUUGGGUCACGCUCAAGAGUGACGAUGAGCUCCGUGGGUCCGGUCCGUCGAGCGGCGGGCCGCGAAUCCAAUGGCACGUCUUUGUCCUGCGAGACCAUGCGCCUCCGGUGGAGUUCUUGUUCCACAAAAUGCGGCGACGUCUCAAGCAAAAAUUGCCCGAAUCGCGUUUAUCCUCCGUUCAGGUGGACCAGGACUUUGGUGAGGGUCAAGCAGAACCGCGUAGGAUCUUCUUUCGUGUCACCUCCGUGAAAAAGACCAGGUCCCUGAAGAAGGAUGAAGAGCAUCUGCUUAAGAAACCGGCUAUUUUCUUCGCCUACUACCCUAGCGAGCCCUAUUUCUAUUGUGAUAAACCCAUUUUCGACGAAUUCCUCGGCGAGGCUUUGAGUGAAUGUUUAUUUAGUUCAGGCUUCGAUCCUUUGCCGUUGUCCGGUCCUCAUUUGGACAGUCUGCGCCAGCUUCGACUUCAUCGUGAUGGAAAAUUACCACCCGUUAAUGUUGGCCGGCGACCGUUAUACAACGCGCCCAAUCCCUUCAAUAUUUUGGCGACUGAGCCGAAUGAAACCGAAGAGGAAUUAGAAUUUGCCUCCACCUCGUUGCCUGCGUUGAGUCGAUUGACCUUGAAAGGCUCGUCCAAGUUUACAGAGAGCAAAGCCAUUCAGGACUUCCACAACGGUCGUUUACCACUACAGAUGAAGAAUUUGGACUUUGAAAUGGUAGCAAGUGGUCCGGACGUGCUUAAAGGCCUGAACACCAUGAUCAACAGUUGUAGGGUCUCAUAUUUUGGCCCACUCCUUCCUAAAUGGGUCCAAGAGGUCGGAAAUCGCGGCCGAAAUGUCAUCCACAUCAAUGAAAAAGAAAACGGCGACACUGGCAAUUCAACAGCGACCCAAAACUCUAAAAAAUGAGCAUGAUUUAGGGAAGACUCAAAUUGGAGACAAGAAUUGCCAUAAGUUUGACGCAAGGAAGUUAACGUUUCCUAUUCUAUUGGUGCAAUAACAAUCUCAUUUCUAAUGUGAA